UCCACGUCCCUCCCACAGCCACUGUGAACAUGGCCUCAGGAGUGCAAGCUGCUGAUGAAGUAUGUCGUAUUUUUUAUGACAUGAAAGUUAGGAAAUGCUCCACACCAGAAGAAAUCAAGAAAAGAAAGAAGGCUGUCAUUUUCUGUCUCAGUGCAGACAAAAAGUGUAUCAUUGUUGAAGAAGGCAAGGAGAUCUUGGUUGGAGAUGUUGGUGUAACCAUCACUGAUCCAUUCAAGCAUUUUGUGGGAAUGCUUCCUGAAAAAGAUUGCCGCUACGCUUUGUAUGAUGCAAGCUUUGAAACUAAGGAAUCCAGAAAA